AUGUCAGGCAGUCCUUCUAACGACGAUGAGGGUUAUUUGAAAAUUUUACAGACAAGUCAUUUUUACUUUUUUUUUUAUUUUUUUUUUUUUUUUAUUUCUUUCCGUUUCCUUUCUUUCUUUUACCUUCUUUUUGUUUGCUUCUUUCUUUUCCUUCCCUCUUUAUUUCUUUUUCUUUCUUUUCCUUUUCUUUCUUAUUUUCUUUCUUUUCCUUUCUUUCUUUCUUUCUUUUUUUCUUUCUUUUCCUUUUUCUUCUUUUUUUCUUUCUUUCUUUCUUUCUUUUUCUUUUCUUUUUUUCUUUUUCUUUCUUUUCCUUUCUUCCUUCUUUUCUUUCUUUUCUUUCUUUCUUUCUUUCUUUCUUUCUUUCUUUUCCUUUCUUUCUUUCUUUUUCUUUUCUUUCUUUCUUUCUUUCUUUCCUUUCUUUAUUUCUUUCUUUCUUUAUUUCUUUCUUUAUUUCUUUUUCUUUUUUCUUUUCUUUUUCCUUUCUUUCUUUUUCUUUUUUCUUUCUUUCUUUCUUUUUCUUUUCUUUCUUUUUCUUUUUUUCUUUCUUUCUUUCUUUUUUCUUUCUUUUCUUUCUUUUUUCUUUAUUUCUUUCUUUUUCUUUCUUUCUUUUCCUUUCUUUCUUUCUUUCUUUUUUUUUUUUUCUUUCUUUUUCUUUAUUUCUUUCUUUUUCUUUUCUUUAUUUCUUUCUUUCUUUUCUUUCUUUUUCUUUUUUCUUUCUUUCUUUCUUUUUUCUUUCUUUCUUUUUCUUUUCUUUCUUUUAUUUCUUUUUCUUUCUUUCUUUCUUUUUUCUUUCUUUUUUCCUUUUCUUUCAUUCUUUUCUUUCUUUCUUUUCCUUUCUUUCUUUUUUCUUUUUUCUUUUCUUUCUUUUUUCUUUUCUUUCUCUUUCUUUCUUUCUUUCUUUCUUUUUUCUUUUCUUUCUUUCUUUCUUUUUUCUUUUCUUUCUUUCUUUCUUUUUUCUUUUCUUUCUUUUCUUUCUUUUCUUUCUUUCUUUCUUUCUUUCUUUCUUUCUUUUCUUUUCUUUCUUUUCUUUCUUUUCUUUCUUUCUUUCUUUCUUUCUUUUCUUUCUUUCUUUUUAUUUCUUUUCUUUCUUUCUUUCUUUCUUUCUUUCUUUUUCUUUUCCUUUUCUUUCUUUUCCUUUCUUUCAAUUAUUUUCUUUCUUCCUUUCUUUCUUUUCCUUUCUUUCUUUCUUUCUUUCUUUUCUUCUUUCUUUUCCUUUCUUUCUUUCAUUCAACUUUCGUUCUUCUUUUUUCUUUCUUUCUUUCCUUUUUUCUUUCUUUUUUUUUCGUUUUCAUUUUUUUUUCUUUCAUUUUUCUUUUCUUUUCUUUCUUUCACCUUUUUUCAAAUACAUUUUCUUUUCUUUCUUUCUCCCUUCUUUUUUUUUUUUCCUUUCUUUUAUUUCUUUUUCCAUUUCUUUUUUUUUUUUUUUUGUUUUUUCCUAUUUCUUUUUUUUUUUUUAUAUUUCAUUCGUCAACUCUUUUUCUUAUUUCUUCACAUUCAUUUCUUUCUUUCAUUCCUUAUUUCUUUUCCCCAUCCACCCAUUUCUUUCUCUCUGUCUUUCUCUCUGUCUUUCUUUCUUUCUUUCUUUCUUUCUUUCUUUCUUUCUUUUUUCUUCCCAUUCAUUCAUCUCUUUCAUUCUUUAUUUCUUGUCUUUUUCCCAUCUACCCAUUUCUUUCUUUCUCUCUGUCUUUCAUUCUCUGUUUCUUUCAUUCAUUCGUUCUUUCUUUCUUUCUUUCUUUUUUUCUUUCUUUCUUUCUUUCUUUCUUCAGGUACAUUUCUUUUCUUUUUUUCACCCUUUUUUUCUUUCCUUUUUCUCCCGGCCUUUUCGUUUACUAUUCUUUAUUCUUCCUUUCUUUUUUUCCUUGCCUUCUUAUUGAUUUCGACACUAUAGUGGACCACAGACUUCAGAAUCUAACCCACUAUCACUUACUAAGACCAACCUCUAUUAACAAUCACUCUACGACAAGCGCCUGUUGUUCAAUUGCUGCUUCUAUCCUCCUCGUUCUUUUCUUUUCUUUUUUUUUCUUAUUCUUCUUCAUUCUUUCCGUCUUUGUCUUCUCCCUUUUGUUCAUCUUUACUUUCUUCAUCUGA